AUACUACUCGACCGUGCUUGUUUAUAGCCUCCUCUUGACGGGCAAGCGUUUGACUGGCGCCUAACGGAGCGACAUGUCCUUCGUUCACGUGGGAGGCACUUUCCGAGAAGUUGCCAUGAAGGUGAUGCAAGAACAAGAAGAAGACAACGCCUUUUAUGUGUGUGACCUGCGGGAGCUGAAGAACAGAGUGCGCCUCUGGCGGCAGGAGCUGCCGCGGGUGGUUCCACAUUUCGCCAUAAAGGCUUGCACAGAUCCCGUCGUCCUGCAAACUCUAGCAUACGAAGAAGUGAACUUCGACUGUUCAAAUAAGUGGGAAAUCGAGGUGCUUGUCAGCGCUGGCAUUGACGUCACUCGGAUUAUUUACGCCAACCCCGCCAAGCAGACAUCUCAUCUCGAGUUUGCCAAAAACGUUGGAGUCACUUUGAUGACCUUCGACUGCGCGGAAGAACUGGAGAAGAUUUCAGACAAGAAGGCCAGGCUUCUGCUAAGGAUCAGAGUUCAAGGGGACACAAUCGAAUCCAAGAUGGCCUCAAAGUUUGGAUGUUCGCUAGAAGAAGCCGCAUCUCUGCUACGCACUGCUAUAAGUUUGGGCCUGUCUGUGAUUGGCGUUGCGUUUCAUGUUGGCGCCAUUGAUUACAGUCCUGAAGCUUUUACACUCGCUAUCGCUCAAGCUCGAGGAGUCUUCGACAUUGCUAACGAGUUAGGAAGGGAGAUGAGCGUGCUUGAUAUCGGCGGAGGAUUCCCGGGUGGCAUCCGAAAACGAGAUUCCUUUGAGAAGGUAUGCCAGGCCGUGAGAUAUGCUCUAGACCUGCACUUUCCAGAAUCCAGCGGCAUAAGCGUCAUAGCCGAGCCCGGUCAGUACAUGGUCACGGCGCCCUACACUAUGGCAGCCAAGGUGAUCGCCAAGCGGACCCGGCAAACCAGCAUCGACGGUGCUCUUUGUUAUCACCACGAUGUCUACUUGAACGCAAGUAAAGAGAAUUGCGUUCCACGAGAAAUGUACACCUUCUUGGACAUCGGUUACCAGCCGCUCAAUCCGCCUUACUACCGUGCCCGUAAACACUUGACCACGUUGUGGGGCGCCACGUGUCACCCUUUGGACAUGCUUGAGGACUGCGUGCCAUUCUUCGAGGUUUCCGUGGGCGAGUGGCUGGCAAUCGACAACGUGGGCGCCUACGGAAUGGUCAAAGCGAACGGCUUCAACGGCACCGGCUUCCCGCCGGUUCACUACAUAACCCAUGCGGAGGACGCACCGCGUGUCGCCCAUUUUCUAGAAGCCUCUCCGCUCACACCUGGCUACAGUCAACCCCUGCAGGCCAUGAAAAAAAAGCUCCUCUAGGGGAAUAACCCCAGCGUUACUGAGUCGCGCAUCCUGAGAGACAAGCGGUGGAGGCAGCACAUUCCAACGUUAUCUUCGAUGCCAGCAACGAAAUUGCGUUUUCGUCUCAGAUAAAUUUCUGUAGCAUCGAAACACAGAAUAAGAACUCCUAAUCGUCGGCGCUUACUUAUUAUCGUAUGAAGCUGCGAACUUAGGUAGUUUAUUUAAUUCUACAAGCUCCUUGUAAGACAUUAUGAAGUUGUAGGUGUCCUGGUUCCCAUUCAGACACUACAUCCCAAAUGACCAGUGUAAUAAAGAGAAAUCUUG